UCUUCUAACCCAUUAUCAAUUCCCAUCAUAUCACCCCCAUAUAAACUAUCUCUCCAUAUUAAUUUUCUUCAACACUUAAAAAUUCAUAUCUAAAGAGUACUUACCAUUAUGGCUCUCAAGAACCAGUUGAGAAGUGUGUUUUCCAGCUGCUUCAAGCCCGAAAAUCCAAAGCCGGAUCGAAAAAUUCUAGUUUCCAAACAAUACUCAUUCCAGAGGCUUUCUGUUUCGGAUUUGAGUAACCCCGGAUCACCCCUCUCCAUCGAAGACCUCUCAAAUUCUGUGAUUGGGUCAAAUCUUCAUAUUUUCACACUUGCAGAGUUGAAAAUGAUCACCCACAACUUCUCAUCCAGCAAUUAUCUUGGUGAAGGCGGGUUUGGACCGGUCCAUAAAGGGUUUGUCGAUGACAAGAUUAGGCCCGGGUUGGAGGCCCAACCGGUUGCUGUUAAGUUACUGGAUUUGGAUGGCACUCAGGGCCACAGGGAAUGGCUGGCUGAAGUCAUCUUUCUCGGGCAAUUGAGGCAUCCCCAUCUUGUGAAGUUGAUCGGAUAUUGUUGCGAAGAUGAACAUAGGCUUCUGGUUUACGAGUACAUGGCACGAGGCAAUCUAGAGAACCAACUGUUUAGAAGGUAUUCUAUUUCAUUGCAAUGGUCAACAAGAUUAAAAAUAGCAAUUGGUGCUGCAAAAGGCCUUGCUUUCCUCCACGGCGAAGAGAAACCAGUGAUUUAUCGUGAUUUCAAAGCUUCAAAUGUCUUGCUCGAUGCUGAUUACACUGCCAAACUCUCUGACUUUGGGCUAGCAAAGGAUGGUCCGGAAGGAGAUGAGACACACGUCACCACACGUGUCAUGGGCACACAUGGCUACGCUGCUCCCGAGUACAUCAUGACUGGUCAUUUGACAGCAAUGAGCGACGUAUACAGUUUUGGAGUAGUUUUGUUGGAAUUACUAACAGGGAGGAGAGUGGUGGACAAGAAACGUCCCGCGAAAGAGCAGAACCUGGUGGACUGGGCCAAGUCACUUAUGAAGGAUCCCCAAAAGUUGGACCGGAUAAUGGACCCGAGACUCGAGGGCCAAUACUCAAAAGAAGGGGCUAGGAAGGCUGCAUGCUUGGCUUAUCAAUGCCUGAGCCACCAGGCCAAGGCCCGGCCCACAAUGAGUCAUGUGGUCGAGACCUUGGAACCUCUUAUGGACCUAGAUGACUACCCAACAGAGUCAUUUGUGUACAUUGCUCCCACUGAAGGUGACAACAAACCAAGUGUUGUUAGUGAGAAAAAAAAUGAAAAUGAAGAAAAAGAGAUCGGUGGUUGCAAUCAGCAACAAAAGGAUCAGAGGCCAAGGCGUCGACAUAGGUCGUUUCGAUCACGGGCUGUCUACUCUGACACUGCUCUAUAUAAAAAGUUCAAGAAUGGUUUAAACUCUCCCAAUUAAGCAAGAGAGAGGGAAGGAGGCAUUAAGUAGAAGAAAAUGCAAAUCAAAGUGUAAAAUUAGAAUUAAAGUUCUUUGUUUAGACAAGUUUGAGUCUUUGUAAAGUGUUAUAUAUAUACUCAGGAUUAAAUCCUAAAAAAAACAAAAAAAGGUGAUUGGUUUUGAUGUACAAUGGCCCAAGUUAAUUUGUUCUCUUAAUUUGAGAAAAAAGUGAAUUGUUUUGUUGUACAUGGUUCUCUUAAUUUGAGAAAUUUCACUGCCAAAGUUUGCGGCGCA